AUGAUAGCCGAAGACCUACAACUACUAUCUAUUGUUGAAAACUCAGGAUUUCACAAUAUGAUCCAGCUCUUGGACUCCAGACAUGAAAUUCCUAGUAGACGAGCACUUGGAAGAACAGUAAUUCCAAAAAUGUAUUUGGUUGUUCAACAUAAAGUUGAAACUAUGCUCAAUAAUGCUAAAGACGUAGCGAUCACUACUGAUUUUUGGACGUCAAUAAACACCAACUCGUAUAUAACUAUAACUGUUCAUUUUCUCAUCCAAACGCAGUUAAAAGCUUUGGUGCAAUGGUGCAUAGAACCAAAAAAUUGGAAUGCAACCAUACUGCUGUUAAUAUUUGUGACCUCAUGA